CUAAUUACUCGUCCAAUUAUCCUUAUUUUCUUCAAAAUCAAUUUUGUUUUAAAAGAAAAAAUCUGCCUCUAUUUGUGGGGAUUGUCUCUUGGCCCUUCGGAUCUCACAAUUUCAUCAUCUUAGCGGGUAUCUAGAGCUGCAUUUUAUUUUCUGUAAACUGAAAAAAUAAAAAUAAAAAGAUCAGAUUUUUAUUAUAUUUCCGGGCUUUUUCAGCUAAAAUAUUUUCCGUCGGUUUUCUUGGCUGGCGGCUCACAGAUAAAUCCUUUAUGGUUUGCCUAUUUUUCUUGAGCUGAAACGCUUUUUGAGAAGAAAAGAUGAUGUGGGAUGAGUGGGGCAAUGAUUUCCGACAUGAAUACGAGGAAGAACAGCAUCAGCAUCAGCAGCAGCAAGAAGAGGAGGAUUCUUAUCUUAAAUUUGAUUUCUUGUCUGUUUUGUCUAUGCCUAAGGAUUACUAUAGAAUACUGGAAGUGGAUUAUGAUGCGACAGAGGAGGUCAUUCGAUCCAAUUAUAUCCGUCUUGCUUUGAAAUGGCAUCCGGAUAAGCAAAAAGAUCAGGAUAGUGCUACUUCAAAGUUUCAGGAAAUAAAUGAGGCUUACCAAGUUCUGAUUGAUCCUGUGAAACGUCAAGAAUACGACAAGAAAGGGAUGCUACGAGCCUAUGAUUACAACAUUGUUGAAUACCUCAAUCGCUACAAGGGUCUUAUUUUAACGUGUAACGGUCUUGGCAUGAAGCAUUCAAUAUGGUAAAGCCAAGAUAUGCACCUUCCCGUUGUAGUAUAUCGUGUGAUCCUACUGGCACCUUCACAUUAUUACAGGAGCUGGGAUGCACAGUUGGAUCUGUAGUUUACAUCAAUUAGGCUAGUGUACUAUCUUUUGUGCAUGUAUAGAGAAGCCGACAUCACUGCUAAGUGCCAAGUGACCAACCUCAUUCAGAGGGCUGUCUAUAUGAAAUCUUCUUGUAUCGACUAAAGAAUUGGUGACCUCUUAUUUUGGUAGAUUUUCUUACUAGAGUAUCAAUGGAUUUUGUCUCAAUUCAUGGUUUAUAAUGAAUUGUGGGAAGUGCAUGCCCUUUUUA